AUCAAGCUGGGGCUCAAGAGCCUUGUUGGUAAGGGCACCCUAGUACAGACCAAGGGCACCGGUGCCUCCGGGUCGUUCAAGCUGAACAAAAAGCCGGGUGAGACGAAGGAGAAGGCAACCAAGAAAAAGCCAGCAGCCAAGCCUAAGAAGCCGGCAGCUAAGAAGCCUGCCAGUGCUGCCAAGAAGCCCAAGAAAGCGGCCGUGAAGAAGAGCCCUAAGAAAGCCAAGAAGCCGGCAGCUACUCCAGCCAAGAAAGCAGCAAAGAGCCCUAAAAAAGCUGCUAAGGCAGGCCGUCCCAAGAAAGCUGCGAAGAGCCCGGCCAAGGCAAAGGCGGUGAAGCCCACAGCAGCCAAGCCCAAGGCAGCCAAGCCCAAAGCAGCCAGGCAAAGAAGGCGGCUCCCAAAAAGAAGUAAAACUACUUGA